AUGUUGAAAUACUGUGAUUUCCCUCAGCCUAAGUGGACCGAGAUCGUGAACAGAAAGCUUAAGUUCCCACCUCCGCUGCUGGGUGCCAUGGACCUGGUGUAGCAGCUGCUGGAGUUGCGGGUUGAGACCACAGACGGCGGGUCAGGCGGGCCCCUGCAGAAUGUGGAGGAGGCUGAGGACCACUGCUGGAGGGAGGCGCUCAAUCUGGCCAUCCACCUGGGCCACAAGGCCAUCAGUGGUGUGCUGUUGGCCAGUGUCAAGUUCGACUUCCGGCAGAUCCACGAGGCCCUGCUGGUGGCUGUGGACACAAACCAGCCGGCAGUGGUGCGUUGCCUGCUGGCCUGGCUGGAAUGGGAGAAGGGCCGCAAGGUGGACACCAGGUCUUUCUCACUGGCCUUCUUUGACUCAUCAGUCGAUGGCCCCCGCUUUGCCCCUGGUGUCACCUCCCUCACCCUGGCCUGCCAGAAGGACCUGUAUGAGAUCGCCCAGCUGCUCAUGGACCAGGGCCACAGCAUCGCCCCGCCCCACCCUGUCUCCUGUGCCUGCCUCGAGUGCAGCAACACAUGCUGCUGUGAUCUGCUCCAGUUCUCCCUGUCCCGCAUCAACACCUGUCAUGGCAUUGCCAGCUGCGCCCACCUCUCACUGGCCAGUGAGGACGCCAUGCUGGCUGCCUUCCAGCUCAGCUGCGAGCUCAGGCGCCUUGCCCACAAGGAGCCUGAGUUUAAGCCUGAGUACAUUGCCCUGGAGUCGCUGAGCCAGGACUACGGCUUUGAACUGCUGGGCAUGUGCCAGAACCAGAGCAAGGUCGCUGCGGUGCUCGAUGACUUGGGCAAGGACAGCAAGACUGAGCCCAAGGCCGAGGGUCUGGACCAGGCCUUUGAGGAAAGCAUCCCCAACCUGGCGAGGCUGCGACUGGCCAUCACCUACAACCAGAAGUGGUUUGUAGCACCCCCCAUCUGCCAGCAGGUCCUGUCCUCCAUCUGGCAUGGGAGCCUGGCUGGCUGGCGUGGGAGCACCAGUAUCUGGAAGCUCUUUGUCGCCUUCCUCAUCGUCCUCACCACGCCCUUCCUCUGCCUUGGCCACUGGCUGGCGCCCAAGUCCCGGCUGGGCUGCCUGAUGAAGAUCCCGGUGCUGAAGUUCCUGCUGCACGCGGCCUCCUAUCUGUGGUUCCGCAUCUUCCUGCUGGGAGAGUCCCUGGUCAUGGAAACACAGCUGAGUACCUCCCGAGGCCGCAGCCACAGUGUCUGGGAGACUUUACUACACAUGGUUUGGGUUGCAGGCUUCCUGUGGUUUGAGUGUAAGGAAGUGUGGAUCGAGGGCCUGUGCAGUUACCUCCUGGACUGGUGGAACAUCCUGGACACGGUCGUCUUGUCCCUGUACCUGGCGGCCUUCGUGCUCCUGGCCGGGCUGGCCUACAGGCGCUGCCGGGAUGCCCCGGACAGGGCUGCCUGCCGCUACUUCACCUCGGCUGAACGGAGUGAGUGGCUCACGGAAGACCAUGAGUUCCUGGCUGAGGUGCUCUUUGCUUCACCGCUGGCCUACGUCCUGCCGGCCCAUGAGUCGCUGGGCACCCUGCAGAUUUCCGUUGGCAGGAUGAUCGACGACAUGAUCCGGUUCAUGUUCAUUCUCACGAUUAUCCUGACCGCCUUCCUCUGCGGCCUCAACAACAUCUACGUGCCUUACCAGGAGACAGAGCGGCUGGGCAAUUUCAACGAGACCUUCCAGUUUCUGUUCUGGACGAUGUUCGGCACGGAGGAACACAGUAUGGUUGACAUGCCCCAGUUUCUGGUGCCGGAACUGGUGGGCCAGGCCCUCUACGGUAUCUUUACCAUCGUCCUGGUCAUUGCGCUGCUCAACAUGCUCAUUGCCAUGAUCACCAGCUCCUUCCAGGAGACUGAGGACGCUGCUGACGUGGAGUGGAAGUUUGCUUGCUCCAAGCUCUACCUGUCCUACUUCCGAGAGGGCCUGACGCUGCCCGUGCCCUUCAGCAUCCUGCCCUCCCCCAAAGCUACCUUCUACCUUCUCAGGAGAAUUUUCCUCUUCAUUUGCUGUUGCUGCUCCUGCUGCAAAGCCAAGAAGCCAGCCUCUCCCCCAAUCCCCACCUUUGCCAAUCCUGGGGCAGGGGCAGGGCCUGGGGAGGAAGAGCGUGGAUCCUACUGGCUUCAUGUCAUCAAGGCUCUGGUACAGCGCUACAUAGAGACUGCGCGGCGGGAGUUUGAGGAGACCCGUCGGAAAAACCUGGGCAACAGACUGACAGAGCUGACCAAGACAGUAUCUCGACUGCAAAGCGAGGUAGCCGGUGUGCAGCGGACUCUGGUGGAGGGAAGGCUGCGCCGGCCACCAGACGGUGCCAGCAUCCUCUGUCGCUCCAUAAGCCGAGUGUGCAACAGCUUCCAGAACCUGGGCCCUCCCAUCCCUGAGAACCCAGAGCUGACAGUGCCAGGGAUUGUAGGCACCCAGGUGUCUUCAGAAACUGGGCUUCAGGACGCAGGCAAGGCCAGGACUCCAGCAUCUGGAGAGUCUGGCCCCUCCCCCCCAGCUCACGUGCUAGGGCACAGGGAGCAAGAAUGAGAGGGGGCUGGGGACGUGCCCCAGGAGGAAGACCUGGGAACCAAGGAGGGGUCCUGA